AUGGCACCGCCGCCACAAGCUCCGGAGCCACGCUUGGAAGCCUGUGCCUCGACGGCGUCGCUCUUUCUCUAUGCCCAGGAUUCCGUGAUUCUGUGCCUCCACCAUGAUACACUGGCGGUGGAACGUCGAUUUCAGAGCCACCAGGAGAAAAUCGACUUCAUCUCAGUGGACAAUGUCAGUGAGCGAGGUGCUGGGAGGCUGGUCGUGAGUUAUGAUGUCGGACAAACGGCAAUCGUUUGGGAUAUAUUCACCGGCACGGAAAUCGCACGGUUUGCGUCCUUUGAGCAUCUGACAGUGGCAUCGUGGAUGCGCAAUGGCAAUGUUGCGUUUGGUAACGGGAAAGGCGAGGUUAUCCUCUUCGAGCCCUCGACCUCGGAGCAUAUCUCAGCGCGCACCAUUUUUGAUCCUAUCACCGCUCUAGCACCCGCAACGGAUUGUCGGACUUAUGCCAUUGGAUACCAGAAUGGAUCGAUCUUGAUUGCGACUCUGCUCCCCCAAUUCACUAUCCUUCACACACUAACAACUUCUCGCGGGCCAUCCCCGAUUAUUUCUCUCGCCUGGCAUGCUUCGUCCUCGAAACAAAAAUCAGACAUGCUGGCAACGCAAUCCUCGAACGGUGACCUUAGAGUCUGGAGUGUGGCGAAACCGCCAGCUAAGGAGGCGCCUCGAGUCAUUAGGGUUUUGAAGCGAUCGGACUCGAGCUCCGCCGAUCCAAAAUGGAUGGCAUGGUCUAAGAAUGGCAGAAUCAUUCAAUACUUGGAAGGUGAAACUUGGUCGUGGGAUGUUCGAACAAAGCACGUCUCGUACGACCCUGUCCCUACAAUAGAGAACGUGCAAGGCAUAGCAAACUACGGUCCUACGGCAGCGCUCUUCACCAUCGGCCCUCGUGGCUCGGUACAGCAGUAUGACGUGGAAACACCGGCCAUGGUAGCGAAUGUGCAGCAUGUCCCCGUUAGCGCGCGAUCAGUCGUCUCCGAAGAACCCAGAUCACGGCACUUGCAAGAUCCACCUGAUCUUCGAGAACAGAAUGGUCGUCGGACUCCGUUCAAAUCGAACGGUAUCGAUAAACAGCAGCGGGCAGAUCUGACCAGCCCUGCCUCGUCCCGCAGUCGAACCAACUCCGUCAGUUCCAAGGAAUCUUCGGAGAAAUACCCGACUCGGCCAUUCUCACCACCGAGUCGGUCUGGUCGGAGCGCAACCACUUUCUCCCUGACAUCUACUGAAAGAGACACGCCGCAACCCUCGGCUUCCUUCGCCUAUGCCUCAUCGGUGUCGAUGUCCUCUGUGAAAAGUUCUCGUGCUGGAUCGCGCUUGCGCAAUGAAGUUCACCUCAGCCCAGCAGAGAGAAAUAUUAUUGACUUGUUCCCGUUUGCUCGUGCACGUCUCAAUGAUGUGCCUUACAAACAACAACCGCCCAUGGAUGAAUCCCAUCUAACCCCAGAUGAUCUUCGCCGACAGAUGUUGAAUGUGGUCUUCGGCUGGAAGGGAGAUAUUGAAGAACUGAUUAGAGAUGAGUGUACGUCCUCUUUUUUCCAAUUUAUACUACAUCUAUUAACAUUUGCAGUGAGCCGCCACGCCGUGGGCAGUCAAAGCGCCAUACUGCUAUCGCAAUGGCUUGGCGAGACGGACACUGACCAAAUGGCCUCGAUGAUCAUUCCCGGUGCAGUGACAACCUCCGACUGGAUGCUGUUGGCCUUGAGCCAGAUGAGUGGUCAAGCACAAGCCAACAAAGUUGGCCAGGCCUUUGUGCAGAAGCUGCUUGAAAUCGGUGAUAUUCAUACUUCAGCAUCUAUCCUACUUGGUCUCGGGGACAGUAAUGAUGCGAUUGAGGUCUAUGUGUCUCGCAAUCACUUUAUGGAAGCCAUUCUCAUGACAUGUCUUCUGAUGCCAACGGACUGGCAACGACAAUCCUAUCUGGUCCGCAGAUGGGGAGAAUAUGUUGUCUCUCAUUCCCAGCAGCAACUUGCCAUCCGCUGUUUCAUGUGCACUGGCGUCGAACCAUCCGAACCGUGGACAUCUCCAGGUGCCCAGCAGGCUGCCUCAUUUGCAGAUAUCAUCGGGCGGUCGCCUCUAGCCUCGCCUGAGCCGCCCCGGCCAACGAGCGCAAACCGAAUGGCUCCGCCCUCCCGUCCAAGAUCAGCAUCUAAUCAGAAGCCCUCAGUGAAGACCCCAGCUCUGAAGCUGAUUACAUCGUUUGAUGCCCAACCGAACCAACGGUUCCGCUUCCCUGGAUUGAAGUCUGAUGAUCGCACACCAACGAAUGCACCUGGCGUUACUCCCAUCGCGGAGUCGGCUGUUGCUGACUCGGCCAUUUCCCCUGGGGGAUUUGGUUCAUACAAGCUUAACAAUAUCCAGAGUCUCAACCAAGCGAUGACCUCUCGGACUAGCACUCCGGCUUUCAACCGACGCCGCCUCCCCUCCAUUGGAGAAACCCCGGUGGAUGUUCAUCCUCCAUCAUUCUCUCGCUCAAAUUCUUACAGUCAAGGCGAAUAUGCGUCGACAUCGGAGAACGAGGAAGCCAGUGGUCAGGAGCAGAGCCGUAAUGGUCAAGAGGAAGAUGGUGGUCUACUGACGCUACCAUCUGCGAAAUAUAAUCCGCAGCAGGAAUCGCAGGGUCCCAGUCCACAAACGGCUGUACAGACAACCGACAGAUUUGCGUCUAUCAAAGGCCUUCCCUCGCCUGCCCCUGGUGUGUUUGAUGUACUGAAGGAGCACACAGAUCCCCGGAAUGGCUCUCGCGACCGCAAGCCAGAUGGACUCCAGAUUGAGUUGCUGCAUGCUGAGCAGAACCACUCGGACACGCAAAACCGCUCAGACCUGAUUUCCAGUGCGAAGAGUACCUCAACCUUCAACAGCCACGCAUCGAACAAGAGUCCUAGUGUCAGUGGCAGGAGUAUCGACCAGUACAUCAGCAGUUUAGAUGAGGCAAACUACCAUGCGAGGAAAUACCGUGAUCAUCGCAGUCAUGCCCGCGAAAGACGCAAUGCAGAUGAAACAGGCAGUCAGAGCUCACGCAUUCACCGUUCUCGUGAACCAUCUCAAGAAACUCGAGGCCGCAAUGAUCGCCGAUAUAUUCAGCCUGCUAAGCGCUCUCCCUCCUCGCCCGUUCCCAUGUCCCCCGAUGAGCUGGCUCGAUACCACAACGAGAAACCGGAGGAAGCCCACGCAUCCAAGUCACAAUCUCGCGCCAGGAGUGGAAGCAAGAUCCGGAAAGGAACCUCGCGCACGAGAACCCCUUCUGAACGUCGCCGAAAUCGUUCGGAACAUCGCAACACCGCGAGUCGCGUGCCAGGAGAUAGACGUGAGACAUCGACGCGAGGCCGUAGCAUUGAUCGAGAAGGGUCGAGCAAUCGCUCUCCAUCAUCGCCACUUCCCAUGUCUCUUCUCCAGAACGACAACUCGAAGGGCGAAGGUGCCGAGGACCCCCUGAGGUUAGUUUCUAGUGAUCGAGAAAGACUGCGCAGUCGCCACCGGAGCGCCAGCCGGCGUCGAGCCGAGCGAGCAACGAGUGCCAGGCCAGAUCCAUCGCAAGAGCCAAGGAAUAAGGUGCCACAUCAUCGAUCUCAGUCGGAAGUUGAGCCAGGCAUGGUUGUGCAGCCCACAGAGCCGGAGCUUUUGAGUGCCAAGGUCUUUGGACAAGAGCUCAAUGUCUUUGCCAAUGGGAGCUCCCAAGAGCCGUCCUAUCCGGCUGCAGAUGAAUCCCAAGAAGCUGUUUCGCCAACAACGCCAUUCGUCACUCUAGCGGAGAAGAAACGGAGAGAGCUGGCAGCUGCUGAGCUGGAAGCAAGGCGACUAUCGUUGGCGCGCAAUCCCUCGGCUCCCAACAUCCCAUUCCCAGGUGAACUACAGAGCGCUCGCAGUCCAAUUCUUGAAGGCUCCCCUUCCUCGUUCCAGGGAAAUUCAUACUUUCCGCGUGUGCCUUCUCGCAACCAAAUUCCCAAGGCUAAAGGAUCACCGGAAUACCAGAGCAGUUCCGAUUCUAGCUCCUCUAGAUCUGGUGUUCCCAUUGGUCUUCCGGCAACUCCCAGGGCAAUGCGGCACCCUAAAUACGGCGUUGGAACCGAGGAAGAGCGACCUCCCUCUGUUCCUGGUCUACCAACAGACAGUUCUAUCAUCCUGGCCGAUGCCAGGUAUCAGUUCGAAGCCGAGCGAAUCGGCCGGUCUAUGUCCGUGCCCAUGGCAGAAUACCACAUACCUGCGGCUCCGGAGAUCCCACAAGAUGUUCCCAUGCACCCUCGCUUCAACCCUUCUCUCCCUCGAAGCCGCUCUGGCAGUCGAAGCCGGAAUAUGGGCCACCGUCGCACCAGUUCUGGUGGCUAUUCACCCAGCACAUCGCCACAUGUGACAGUGAGCAUCGAAGAGACAAUAGAGAACGCAAUGCAGCAGCACCGACGACCAUCCGCAGCGCAAAACGAAACCAUCCCACCUCCACCACCGCCCCCAAUCCUGCCCGAGCUGCAGCACCUGAACACACCCCCUCCUCCACCUCCUAUCCCAGGUGACAGGAACAACCUCGGCUCCCCACGCCAAUCAUCUGCAACUAUCGACAUUGCCAUCGACAACGAGGACAUGGGAAGGCUCCUCCCGCGCGCUAUGACCGCCGCUCCAGCCCUAAACGGGAACGAAACUCGUCCGUCUCUUGGCCGGCGUAUGUCUUUUGAUCAUCGCCGGAACCGCAGUGGGAAUAACGAGAGCUUCACAAACAAAUUGCGCAGCUUGACCCGCAUGCGCACGAACAGUCGCAGCGUUGAGCCGGGGGCCCUGACUAGCCUUUCGCCUGAGAUACCAUAUGAGACUUUCCAUUCUCAGAAUCAGAGCUAUGGGACCUAG